GACACCUGUGCUAAACCAGCUUGACAAAAAUUACAACCGUGAUGUGUUAGAUCACAGGCAAGAGGAACUUAACACCACGGGCAAGAGGAGCUUAACACCGAUUUGCAUCAAAACAAAGGGCAUCGGCGAGCGGGGAAAAGGGCAGAACUUGUGUUUUUGUAAAAGUCCACCUGCCUUCUAGACACACCGCUGUUGGUACAGCUGGUAACUUCAGUGGAGUUCAAUCUUUCUGAAGCCGUUGGAAGCAAAGCCAUUAGGCAGAAAGGCUCCGGCUGUGCAGACGAGAAUUGCUCGUGAACCCCAGAAGAGGAAGAGCUGGAAAUGCCAGGCUUUCUCGUCAAACGGUUCCCUCGACUGAUGCGGUGGGAGUAGAAAAUCUUUAGCUUGCGGAGAAGGAAAGGGACGGGGAAGCAGGUUCUGUCACUCAGUCCUCCUACGGGUAAAGGCACUGAGCUCGGAUUCCUAGAGAGGCAGGAAGUAGCAAUCAAAAGGAAGGGAAGAGCGAUUAUUGAAGGAGGGGAGGGGGGAAAUUUCAUUGAUGUCCAGGGAAAAGAAAUAGGUCUGGAGAGGAGGACGCUGGAGUGUGCGGAGAACAAACAGGCACUUGAGAGCAGCUUCAUACUUUAAAGUGCCCUGCGGCAACAGCUGUGAGAGUCCCAGAGGUGGUCUACUUUACGCCUCAUCCUCCUUCAUCUUCCCCACCAACAGCACAAUGGCCUCAGAGGCGCCGUCUGGAUUCUCUCUUCUCUGGGAUAGAGUGGAAAGAGCUGCCGGGCAGCCACCUCAGGGUGUGUUGACCUUCCAGGCUCUCUUGACCUUCCAGGAGGUGGCUGUGUAUUUCACAGAGGAGGAAUGGGCUCUGCUGGAUCCCAGCCAAAGAGCUCUGCACAGGGCAGUCAUGGAGGAGAAUUAUGAGAUGGUCUGCUCUCUAGUAUUGGACAUCAGUUCCUGUUGGGAAGAAGGACUAGAUCCAUUCAUCCAGGAUCCCAAAGAAGGAGACACACCAGCAGGUGGUGUGCAAAACAAUGAGAAUUAUAGGGAACAACGGCUGAUGUCAUCAGAAAUAGCCAAGAGUGAAGCGGGAAAAGAGAUUAUUGGAAAUCUGAGAGGACCUGAAAGGCAUGACGAAAGCCAGUCAAAGAAUGAGAGGAAGAAAUACUCUAUUUCUCAGAGUCUUGACGUCAGUGAACCCCUGAUUCCAUGGGAAGAUCACAAAGGCAAUAACAGGAAUACAUGUUCAAUGUAUGGGAAAAUAUUAAGAUAUAACUCAGAUUUAAAUACACAUUACAGAAUCCACACAGGAGAGAAACCAUACAAAUGCAUGGAGUGUGGACAGAGCUUCAGUAAGUGUGAUCACCUUACUAGACACCAACGAACACAUACAGGGGAGAAACCGUUUAAAUGCAUGGAGUGUGGAAAGAGCUUCAGAGAUAGUGGAACCCUUACUAAACAUCAACGAACACACACAGGGGAAAAACCAUUUAAGUGCAUGGAGUGUGGAAAAAGCUUCAGUGUGAGCAGUGCUCUUACUAGACAUCAACGAACACAUACAGGAGAGAAACCAUUUAAAUGCUUGGAGUGUGGAAAGAGCUUCAGUGUAAGCAGUAAACUUACUGUACAUCAAAGGAUACACACAGGGGAGAAACCAUUUCAAUGCCUGGAGUGUGGAAAGAGCUUCCAAGAUAGAAGUGAGCUUACAAGACAUCAACGAACACAUACAGGGGAGAAACCAUUUCAGUGCAUGCAAUGUGGAAAGAGCUUCAGUAUGAGCAGUAGCCUUACUGUCCACCAAAGAAUGCACACAGGAGAGAAACCAUUUCAAUGCAUGGAGUGUGGAAAGAGCUUCAGUGGGAGCAGUGACCUUACUAGACAUCAACGAACACACACAGGGGAGAAACCAUUGAAAUGCAUGCAGUGUGGAAAGAGCUUCAGUGGGAGCAGUACCCUUACUGUACAUCAAAGAAUGCACACCGGGGAGAAACCAUUUCAAUGCAUGGAGUGUGGAAAGAGGUUUAGAGUGAGCAGUAACCUUACUUCACAUCAAAUGACACACACAGGAGAGAAGCCAUUUCAAUGCACGGAGUGCGGAAAAAGCUUCAGUAAGAACAGUAACCUUAAUGUACAUCAACGAACCCACACAGGGGAGAAGCCAUUUCAGUGCAUGGAAUGUGGAAAGAGCUUCAGUGUGAGCUGUGAGCUUACUAGACAUCAACGAACACACACAGGGGAGAAACCAUUUCAAUGCAUGGAGUGUGGAAAGAGCUUCAGUCAGAGCAGUACCCUUACUUUACAUCAAAGAACGCACACAGGGGAGAAACCAUUUAAAUGUAUGGAGUGUGGAAAGAGCUUCAGUAUUUGUGAUCACCUUAUGAGACAUCAACGAACACAUACAGGGGAGAAACCAUUUAAAUGCAUGGAGUGUGGAAAGAAUUUUAGUCUGAGCAGUAGCCUUACUAACCAUAAAAAAAAAAACCAUGGGAGAAAACACCACUCACAACAGCUGGCUGUAGCAUUGCUACAUUAAUUAAUAUCUGUAGUGGUCAGGGCUGUGGAGUCAGAGUCGGGAGCAAUUUUGGGUGGCGUCGGAGUCAGUAGAAAUGUUCCGACUCCUUCAUAAAUGGCAAAUGUAUAUUAACUAGUAAUAAC